UUGUCUGGGGAUUGGGAUACUGAUUUAAUGGGUUUUUUUCUAUCUAUCGAUCUACCUCUACCGACCUACAUACCUACCUGCUAUGGCAUGGUAGACAGGCAACCCUAGCCUAUCCUGCGGGGAGAUGUCGAUGAUGCAUAUAUACAUACAUACAUGCAUGGUUCGGUUCUGUUGCUGCUGCUGCUGCUGCUGCUGUUGUUGGUUUUCUUCUAGGGGCGUUUUCUAUUUCUCAUCAAUAUCUACAUACCUACAUACAUACCUACCUGCCUACAUUUCUCUCUAUCUGUGUAUCUAUAUCUGUAUCUGUCAUUCCCGGAAGUGUAUAUCUACUCCCUACUACCUACCACCACCAGCUCCAACACAAGCGCAAGUGCUGCAAAAUAUUAACAGCAACAUCAACAUCAACAUCAACAGCCACCAGAAUCCCAUCAUCUUCCAAACAAACUAAAGAUAAAAAGACCCGAGAAUCCUAUUCUUUUCUUUCUUUCUUCCUGGUCUAAUCAAUCCCAUAAAUUCCCCUAAUAGUAGUAAUACUAGUACAGCAAUAGUAGAUAAGUUGCUAAGUUGCUGCUGCUGCUGCUGUUUUCCAUUUCAUCCUAACGCCCCGACGCCAUUAUUGUAUUUCA